UUCAUCAGCAAUCUGGUCUCACACCCUACUUGGAUCGGCUUUACAGAUGAAAAUGUGGAAGGGGACUGGGUUUGGUCCGACGGCUCCUUUGUGCUAAUCGAGUUUUGGACCCAUGGCCACCCCAGAUCCCAUGGCAGUGGCACCAAUAUGGACUGUGCUUUCAUUGACCCCGCGCUCGGGAAGAACAACUGGAACGACACCGACUGCUUUGAACUGAAAAGAUGGGUUUGCAAGGAGAGCCUGGAUAUUGAAGGGCUGUCCCUUCCGCCAAACCUGUUCCUUGGUGGAACGAGAAUGUCCUAGCCAUGCCUCCUAAGCCUAGUACCUCUCCUUCCAAGGUCAAGAUUUCUCCUUCCGCUACCAAAGCUCGGCCGCCUUCUUCCCCCGCCAAACCAUCAUGGAAAGCGAGAUGGAAACGCUGUAAAGCCUGGAAUCCUUGUAGGCAUGUCUCCCCGAGCGUCAAGUGGGCUCUUCUUGUGACUUUUGCAUUCUUCUCUCUUGUCAUCUUGGUUCUGAUGACCUACCUCUAUGUUUCAUUGGCUGAAGAAAAGACCCACCCUCUGGAUGAACCCAUGAAGAAGCUGAGGCACACAAUGGCUACGGGACUCCGAAGCCCAAAGCUCAAUUACGAAAAUCCCUCGAAGGUAGCAGACGAAGUACUGAAAUUGCCUCAGCACAUAGAAGAAGCAGAACACCUCUACAACCAACGGAAAGCCAAGUACCAAUCCCUCUUUAAAAAAGGCUUGAGGUCUUCAGGGGGCUGGCAACUUUUUGGGAAAAAUCUCUACUAUAUUUCGAAGGGACAAAAGAACUGGUACGAUGCCGAGAACUUCUGCAUGUCCAGAGAUGCCCACUUGGCCUCCAUCCUCAGUGAAGAAGAGCAGAAUUACAUCAACUCUCAGCUCAGCCAUUCCACCUGGAUUGGCCUCUCAGAUGAAGAGGAAGAGGGCAUCUGGGAAUGGACCGAUGGCUCCACUUUAGCCAUACAGUACUGGUCCAGCAACGACGCAAGUCUCUCCAGGUUCUAUGGCAACGAGGAGAAGGACUGCGCAUCCAUGGAGCCUUCACACAGCAGGCCCAGCUGGCAAGAAGCCAACUGCCAUGACCAGAAGCAAUGGGUCUGCAAGGAGAGCCUCGAGGUGGAACGACUGUGAAGCUGGCCUCGCCCUCGGACCUGAAGCAACACUAGCCAACAGAGUGUUUUUUUUUUCAUUUCCAUAUCAAACCCCACGGGAAAUCUACUCAUCACAGAAUAAAUAAGGAAGUAUGAUUG